AUGUGGGAAAAGAGGAGAAACGUUUGUCUUGGCUCGGGGUUCCAGGCUUCCGGUCUGCGAUUGACUGACUACUUUGAUUGUGAGCUGGGUAGUGUGACACAGAAUCCUGUAGGCAGAGUGCAGCUUCUUACCUCAGGGAAGGGCCAAACUGAAGAAGAAAAGAAGUCCAGAGAUGGCGCCAUGUCCUCAAGCCUUCAAGAACCUUCUGUGACUACACAGGAAACCUGGUCCUGGGACCAGUACUUAAAAGAAUGGAGUGCUGUGGCCGCACCAGUUGAGCUGUUUUCCAAGGAUCAAUCCUUUCCGGAGCAUGAAAAUGGCUUUCAGGUUGGAAUGAGAUUGGAAGGUGUUGAUCCCCGACGCCCAUCUGUGUUCUGUGUGCUUUCUGUAGCUGAGGUGUGUGGCUACAGGCUGAGGCUGCAUUUUGAUGGUUAUUUAAGCUGCUAUGAUUUUUGGACCAAUGCUGGUUCCCCUGACAUUCACCCAGUGGGGUGGUGUGAAAAGACCAAGCACGAACUGCAUAUCCCUAAGGGUUAUAGAAAAGAUAAAUUUGUUUGGAUGGAUUACUUGAAGGCCUGCAGAUUGCAAAAUGCUCCUAGGAAACUAUUCCGAAACAGAAGUUCUAAUGGGCCAGUGCCAAAGGAGAUUCAGGUUGGCAUGAAGAUGGAGGCUGUGGACAGGAGGAACCCUCACUUGGUGUGUGUGGCGACCGUCGCAGACAUCGUGGAAGACCGCGUACGGGUGCAUUUUGACAACUGGGAGGACAGCUUUGAUUACUGGUGUGAUGUGGAUAGCGUUUAUGUCCAGCCGGCCGGUUGGUGUCAGGAGAAUGGAAGAACUCUGGUAGCACCCCCAGGUCAUCCUGAUGCAGAGGACUUUUCCUGGACAGACUACCUGCGAGCUACUCAAGCCAAGGCGGUCCCUGCCGAAGCCUUUAACACGAGGGCUCCACAUGGCUUUUUGCCAAACAUGAAGCUGGAAGCUGUGGACAAGCGAAACCCCCGGUUAAUUCGUGUCGCUACCAUUAUAGACGCUGAUGACCACAGAGUAAAGCUCUCAGGAUGCUUACCUCAGCGGGAGUCCAGGGCUGUCCUUCAGGUGCCCUGCAUUUCCUCAACCUCCAACUCCUUCUUGCCUUCACCUGCACUGUGCCUGAAGCUGAUGGAGCCGGCUCAGUGUAGUAUGACUGCACGCCUUCAGGCACAUAGAGGGCUUGCUGCACUCAACCUCGGAGGAGACCUCACAGUCUCUGCUGUUCUGCUGAUGUUCUACAAGUGUGACUUUCACCUAGCUGCAGUCUGA